AUGGGGACGAAGUUAUCGGUUUCGCUCGAGGGUGCUUUCGAGCCCGAGAUCGCACCUCGAACCGAUCGACCUCCAACGUUUGAUCCGCUUUACGGUUUUCCAAAGGGAAGAAAACCGCGUGAAAUGAUUGCUUCAUGGGAUGAAAUGGACCAGUGGUGUUUGAAGCCGGGUCAACGAGAUUAUUGUGCUCAUUUUCUUAUAUCAUUGCUCAAAUGCCAGCAAGCAAAAGCUCCAUUUGCUGGUCAUAUGUGUGAUGGAGAGCGACAUGCGUGGGAUAAAUGUGAAUAUGAAGAUUAUUUAAUGCGGAUAAAAGAAUUUGAGAGGGAACGUCGUUUGCUGAAGAGAGCCGCAAGGAAAAACGCUGAGCACGUAUAG